AUGGAGGAAAGAGAAUAUGAACAGAGGUACAGCUUAAGUAAUGAAAGGACGGCAGUUAAGAGACUGAAGGGACUCUGUCAAGAACCUUCAGUAAAGCCUACAAUGGAUCACAAUAGGUACACUGGUGGCACUACCCCCUCCCCCUACAAACACUGUCCUCCAGUGCUCAAGAAAGACCUAAUACAGCAUUGUCCUCCAGUGCUCAAGAAAGACCUAAUACAGCAUUGUCCUCCAGUGCUCAAGAAAGACCUAAUACAGCAUUGUCCUCCAGUGCUCAAGAAAGACCUAAUACAGCAUUGUCCUGCAGUGCUCAAGAAAGACCUAAUACAGCAUUGUCCUGCAGUGCUCAAGAAAGACCUAAUACAGCAUUGUCCUGCAGUGCUCAAGAAAAGACCUAAUACAGCAUUGUCCCCCAGUGCUCAAGAAAGUCCUAACACAGCAUUGUCCUCCAGUGCUCAAGAAACUUCAUAA